AUGGCUAACUCAACGAACUACGUUGUGAAUUCUUUGUUGGAUACAGACUUAUAUAAGAUAUUUAUGCAUGCUGCGGUUCACAAAAAUUUCCCAAACGUACCUGUUAAAUAUGGUUAUACAAAUAGAACUCCUCAAAUGAAAUUGAACACAGAAGCAGUUGAUUGGUUAAAAAACCAAAUCAAUCAUUUGGCUGAUUUGAGGUUUUCUGAUGAAGAAUUGCAAUAUUUGGAGAAAACUUUACCCCAAUUACCAAAAGCAUACUUAGAAUAUUUGAAAGGUUUUAAAUUUGAUCCUAAAAGACAGAUUAAUUAUAUUGAGUCAGAUGAAGAAAAUUUUGGUUUGGAGAUAGUUGGGAAUUGGGAUGAAACAAUUUUGUAUGAAAUACCAAUUUUGGCAUUGAUCUCAGAGGCAUAUUUUAAAUUUGUAGAUACUGAUUGGGAUUACAAUAAUCAAUAUGAAAUCGCAAAAUCGAAGGCAGAACAAUUAAUACAGAAUGGAUGUAAUUUCAGUGAAUUUGGAACUAGAAGAAGGCGUUCUUUUGAAGCUCAAGAAAUUAUCAUCAAGGCAAUUAAAGAUGUUUCAGAUGAGAAAGUAGCUGGUACCUCAAAUGUAUACUUUGCUAUGAAAUACAACCUACACCCUAUUGGUACUGUUGCACAUGAAUGGUAUAUGGGUAUAGCGUCAAUUACUCAAGAUUACUUACACGCAAAUAAAUUAGCCAUGGAUUACUGGAUUGACACAUUCACAGCAAAAUAUGCCGGAUUAGCGUUAACUGAUACUUUUGGUACUGACAACUAUUUAAAAUAUUUUGUUGCACCUUAUGUCAAUGAGUAUACUGGAGUGAGACAAGAUUCUGGGGAUCCGGAGUUGUAUGCUGCAAAGAUUGCAGUACAUUAUGAAAAAUUAGGUAUUCCUAAAAAUUCAAAAACAAUAUGUUUUAGUGACUCCUUGAAUAUUGAGAAAUGUAUCAAAUUUAAACACACUGCUGAAAACCUAGGGUUAAAAAGUACUUUUGGAAUCGGAACUUACUUUACGAAUGAUUUCAAAAAUUUAACAACGGGUGAAAAAUCUCAGCCUUUGAAUAUUGUGAUAAAGAUAAAGGAAGCAAAUGGUAAUCCGUCUAUAAAAAUUAGUGAUAAUAUCGGGAAAAACACAGGAGAUGCGAAGACGGUCCAAAAAGUCAAAGAGGAGUUGGGGUAUACCGAAAGAGUCUGGGAAGAAGGUGAUGAGUCUCAUCGGUGGUAG